GACGGGGAGGGAGCCAAUGAGAGCGCGUGUUGUUGAGGGGUGCGCUCCCUGUCAGGAGGACAUGUCUGACUCAGGCAGGGCCUGGGAGCUGAAUAUUCAUCAAUGGGAACCUGGCUCCCUGUUGCAUGAUCCACAGGCUGCUUAGCACUGCAAGAUUGGAACAUGACGCUGAUCAAAGGAACCUUCACCUACUCGAGUGGUGAGGAGUAUCAUGGGGAGUGGAAGGAAGGUCGCCGGCAUGGGAUCGGGCAGCUGAGGUUCGCGGAUGGCAGCAGCUACAUUGGCCAGUUUGAGAAUGGCCUGUUCAGUGGCCGCGGGCUGCUGGUCUUCUCUGACGGCUCGAGGUAUGAGGGAGAGUUUGUACAGGGCAAGUUCCAAGGAGUUGGCGUCUUCACUCGAUGUGAUGGGAUGAAGUUUGAAGGAGAGUUCAAAAAUGGACGUGUGGAAGGAUAUGGGCUGUUAAUGUUUCCCGAUGGCUCAUGUGGGCACCCAAGAAAUGAGGGCAUCUUCGAGAACAACAGGCUGUCUAAACGGGAGAAGUGUCAAGCCGUGAUCCAGAGAGCGCAGGCAAGCGCAAAAAGCGCACGGGGUCUCUCCCUGUAAUUGUUCCUUGUGUGUAAAUCAAUUUAACAGCUCGUCCUAUUUGUGUGGGAAAACGUGGAAAGGCUGUCUUUGCGUUCAGAGCUGUUGAAUUCCAAAUUGUGAAUUCCAAAUGUGGUCUCUCUUCCAUUUCUUUCCCAGUCAAUAUAACAAUAUGGUGGAGGGGGGGGGCAGCACAGCUUGGAAUGGGAGACACAUAGGCUCCAUCUGCUGAGAUCCCAAUCCAGAGCUGCAGUUCUUGGGAAGUCUGGGUGUCGAUGGUAGGGGGAAGAGUUGGCAUCCAGCCACUGCCAUCCACCCCCACAUAGGGACAGUAUUGGCUGCAGGUCAGUUGGGGGUGGUGAGUGAGGAGGCAGUAGGUGAUUUGGAGGGGAGAUUGACUCAAGGAAAAUGUUCUCUCAAGGUGACCCUGAGUACUUCGAAUCUCCCCUCUGACUCGCUGGCCUCCCCACCCGGGCUGCAGCUGGGAGGAUCCCGAGGCCACAUAGAGGCUUCUGACUGCUUGGUUUGGUCGACCAAUUUAUCUUCUGUGAUGCUGCGGCAAACACAAUAAGCUCCUGACUACUUCGCCCAUCCCCCACCAAACAAAAAUUGAGCCUCCAACUAAUUGUUGAUAUUUUGCAUCAUUGGAUUUGUUCACAAUUAUGAAGAGUUUGAAUAUCAUAAAUAUAGGGAAACUGUUCCUACAGUCAAGAGGGUGACUAACCAGCGAACAAUUAGUAAAAAUACCAGAGCCGGAAAUGAGUAGAAUUUACAUACUCAGCAAAUUUCUGUGAUCUGGAAUUCUCUGCAGAGGGUAGUGGAAGCAUUUUUAAUAGUAAUUUUCUAUUACUAGAAUAGUAAUUCUAGUAUAAAUACUUGAAGAGGGAAAAGCAUUUGCAGGGUUAUGGGGAAAUAGUGUGGAGUGGGACAAAUUGGAUAGCUCUUACAGAGAGACAAGUGGCUGAAUGGCUGUCUCCUGUGCUGUUAGAGUCACUGAUUAUGUCAUGAUUGCCUGAUGGGGACCAGCUUAACCUGUCAUUCAGGGAGACCAACCGUGUAUUAUCUUCCCAAUACAGCAUCAGUGUCCUGGUACUUGUCUUUGUGGGUUCUGUACCAUGGAGCCUUUAUGCCGUACGGGGCAAAGUUGAAAUCUCUUCCCAUCACUGGACCUAUUUAAGUUGGUGACGCUUGCAGCUCUUUGGCGUUCUGAUUUUGGAUUUAACCAGCAGGCAACGUUAAGAGCAGGCCUUCCCAAAUCUCCCGACCCACAAAUAUCAAUUGGGACAAACCAGUAAAAAAUGUAAAACCAUGAGACCCCAGGCUUGGUGGGAAGCAUGCUGUGCACCCCUGUGCUCUGGCGUCCAGGAGUUACGUAAAGAAGUCCCAUAUCCUGGCCUCAUUCACUCUUCCUACCAAUCCAUUCCAGAUUUGAUUUCCCCCCUGCCACAAUUGUAAACACAUUCUACCUGGCUUUUGCCUGCUAAACCUACUGUUCACAUCCCCAAUUCUGUGCCCUCUUGUCCUACUGCCAUGGUAUUUCUUAAAAGCAUUGUAUAGGUCUCUUGUACUCCUCAGUAAGGUCGCCUCUGGAACCAUCGGUUCAACAACCACACUUUGUUGUGCAUGAUGCUUUCCUUGGUUGCAGUGCCUUUAUUGCCCCAUGCCCUAUUUUUUGUUGCUAUUAACCAAACACAACCCAGGGGCAGCCAAUCUUGUCCCUGUUUAAUUCUCUGCCCCACUCUGAAACCUCUAGCAAGAAGAGAAGCCUUGACACAACUCUCCAAAUGACAUAAUCCUCCCUCCUCUCAGCAUCUGUCCAUAUGUCCACUCCCUGCAGUAGAACUUGCCCCCUCAUUUCCAUCUUAAGAAUGUCACACCUUGAUCUGAUUGAUGCUCCAUCUCCUGACUCAGUCCUCUACGUCAUCCAUAGUUAUUUAUUGACCAAGUGCUGGUAUAAUUACUGAGAACUAAAUGUCUGUUUGACACAGCCUGCUGGUGCUGAGUGAUUGUUCCUGCAAGGUUUAGUCUCGCCAGCAUCCAGUGUCAUCUUGAGCGUUUGUUUAGUUUUCGACCUGUCGCAAUGUUUGUGCGAAGCCUUGAAGCAGCCAACUUACUGAACAAGCCUAUGUUGUAUUUCCAUUGGAAUAUAGAAACAGGAGGAGGCCAUUUAGCCUUUCAAGCCUAUCCACCAUUCAAUGAGAUAAUGGUUGAUCGGUGACCUAACUCCAUACACAUGCCUUUGCCCCAUAUCACUUAAUAACUUUGGUUAACAAAUAAUCUUUCGAUCUCAAACUUAAAAUUAACACUUGACCCAUUCUUAAUUGCCGUUUGCAGAAGAGUUCAGGUUUAAGCUUACAGUAUUAACGAGUCAGAAUUGCACAGGCCGUUUACCCCUGGACCAUUCAGUGUUUUCAAAGGUGUAAAAAGAACAAAGUGAAAUGGACAGAAAGCCUUCAGUAUUCUUUGGUUCUGAUGAGCCCCCAGCUGAAACGCUAACCAAUCUUUCUCUUUCAGAGAUUGGCAGACUCAGCUGUGCAUUUCUUAUGUUUUAUUUCAUUGUGUAUAUAGUAAUGUAACUAGUCAUUUCUAACCUGCUUUAUUAAUUUUUUAAAAAAUGCCUUAAUUACCAGUAAGCCGUGACAGGAUGUCGAUUUGAAUGGGGUCCUAAUCUAGGCAAUGCACGAUUGGACUAGUAGAAGCCGAAUUUACCUCCUACCUCGCUUACAAUGGGGUGAUCUGAUUCUUGAGCGUGCUGACAAACCCCACCCCCCCCCCACCCCCGCCGGCAACGUGUUAUUGUGAGUCCCUCAGCUUGACAGCACUAUAUGGGGUGUAAGGGUCUGAACAGAUACUUAUUUCCACUCUCCCACUUUCCAUGUUCCAUCCAUGCUCUCAUAUGUCUACUGGAAAUAAAGGGAACUCCUAGCUACCCUCACCAUUCCAAACUGCUCCCAUCUCUGCUCCUUUUAAACUGUGGAGAGAGGCUUGUGGUCAGCCUAGGAAUGAGUGGGAGUGGGGUGGGGGUGGAAUUGAGCUGGGGCAAUAUCAGUGGAGAUUUAAGAAAGGAAAAAAGUCAAAUGCCUUAAUUAUGCAAAUAAUAACUGCUGUGUUGUUUUGAUGGGUGGUGAGGAAUGUGUGUGCGAUGUAAGUCAGAAAGUAGCCCUGCACCUCAUGAUUGUAAAACAAACUAGAUUCUUCCCUUCAGAGCAGGCUGCUGGGAAAUGUGAAUUUAAGAGAACUGAAAUUUGCAAAGCAAUUGUCUGCUUUUUAAUUUUAAGUAGUGUUGUUUUGCUGCUGCUGCUGUAUUUUUGUGCCUUUUUUUUGCUGUAUGAUACAGGGAAGCAUAAAACUGGGAGUGAAUGUGUCAAAAUUGGGGAGAUUUCUCUCUCAAACAGAUAUAAUUUGAGACAGUGUAUAUGAAUAAUUUGAGACAUGGCAUGUGCUAAGUGUAGCUUUGCAUGGGGAGAAGGUGCUGGAUGGGCGGAGAGGUGACUUUAGACCUCUGGUUUCCAAAGCUUUCCACCACUGGGGCUUUUCCUCACCAAAUAUCUGGGUCUGUUGUGCACUCAUCGAUAGCGAUUGAUUCCUAUGAUUAAUCAACAACUCCUUUAUUGUAUUAUGCGACUAUCAGGAUGGUAGAAGGUGAACUAGAUGGAACUUGGUCUUUUCUCACCUGCAAAUUCCUGUGAAUGUUAAACGUGUGACCUAUUUAUUAUUGUGAUGGAAAAAUGGAGCCAGUAAAGUAGUUGCACGACAAUCUUGUUCUUCAGAUGAUGCUCCAAAUCUUACUGGCUUCAUGUGAACCAACCCCCCCGCCCCGUCCAUUUGAUGGUAACAGUUGCUGCGCAUGUGUUAUUUCUUUCUGCUGGAAGAUCCCAGGUUUGCUCCGUUCCAAGUUGUUGGGUGUUGCAGUUGACCUCAGUACCUUUUCGGGCUUGAGAUGGUUUAUAACUCUAUUUAUCACUAUCCAGUGCCCCCACCCCACCCAACCCAACCCCAGACCGAUAGCCUGAACUCUCUUUAUGUACCUCUUGCUUUUGCCUAUGUGUUCCCUCUCUCUCAUUAUAUACUUUGCAUGAAGCAGAAAACAGGAGUGAUUUGUGACAAAACCCUCAGCUUCAAUCCCACAUCCUACCAGCUAAUUUGGCUACACCCCAUCCUCUCAGUUCUCAGUAUUGGCCAAAUCUCUAUUGUCAUCAAAACCAUCUCAGGAGCAGAAGACUUGCUAAUGAGGUCAUUCAUGUGCUGCUGCCAUGAUUUGUAAUGGAUGGAGCAUAUUGCAAAUACGUUAGCAUGCUUUCUUUUAUGUUUCAAGAAGGGCUGGUCUCUUUUUAAGCUAUUUUUUUUAAAUGGUUGCAGUUCCUGUUUUAGCCCAGAUGUCCUAAUCUAGCAUGAAACAGGCAGGAAGGCUUAUGUACCAUACUUGUCAAAAAUUCCAAAUUAAUCGCAAUGUAGGUUGAAGUGAAACAUGGUGCUUUCUCAUUACUUGACUAUUUACUUCCAUGCCUUCAGUAUCCAUGAGGAGUUGGUGGAUUUUCUUGCACAUAUUUAACUGAGAUUGAAAUCUAUUAUGGAAAUGUAUUAACUUCACAUUCUUACAUGUGUUGCCUUUUUUCUCCCCGAGUCUUAUUUUUCAAGUGCAAUUAAAUAUUUAUUGUGAUUACAAACUGGUUUGUCCAAAUAAUGCAAUAAAAGUGGUCUCUAUAACUG